ACUUAUAUUUAAUUUUUAAAAAAAUCAGCAGUUCCUGGUCGGUUUUUUCUACAAUAUUUGGCAGUAGGUGAAAACGCGAUUCUCCUGGUUCAGAACGCGCAUUUCCAUAUCUCAAUUCUCAAGCAAACAAAGUCGGUGAUGUUGAUCAGAGCGGAAAACGUCGUCGUUUGAGAGAAACUGAACUUCGAAGGUGACACCCUGCCACAUUUUCGACCAAUCCUAGAUUAAAAAUUGUCUCUCUCUCUUUUUUUUUUUUUUCUCUCUUUCUGUCUGUGACGGAAACAGCAAUGAGGCAGCACAAGCAAGUGUCCUCCAUUAACCGGCGACCCACCGUUCUUUAUCUGGUGUGCGUCGCAGCAUUGUUUUCCCUCCUCCUCUUCUACACCCAAUCCUCUUUCUUCUCAGGCGCCGUGUCUUCAGAUUCUUCAAGGAUAGAUGCCGUCUCUUCAGAUCGCGAUUCCGAAACAAUCCACGUUUUGUCUAACUUUCAGUCCAGUGUGAAGCAAUGUGUGGAUAACAGGGGGCUUGGACUCACUGCACAUGUUAUUGACCAUUGCAAAUUAAUCCUUAAAUACCCUGAAGGUACCAACAGCACUUGGUACAAUGCACAGUUUAAGAAAUUUGAGCCUUUGGAGUACAAUUAUGAUUUGUGUGAGACAAUCCUAUUGUGGGAACAGUAUCGCAACAUGACUACGGUGUUGACCAGAGAGUAUCUUGAUGCUCGCCCUGGUGGUUGGGUGGAUUAUGCUCCACAAAGGAUAGCGCAGUUGGGGGCAAAGAAGUGCACUAACAAGACACUUUGUGAAGAGAACCUCGAUGUGUUAUUACCUGCAAAGCCCCCAUUUCAUCCACGGCAGUUUCGAACUUGUGCUGUUGUUGGGAAUUCUGGGGACCUUCUGAAGACUAGAUUUGGGAAAGAAAUUGAUAGUCAUGAUGCUGUUUUUCGAGACAAUGAGGCCCCUGUUAAUGAGAAAUAUGCCAAAUAUGUUGGUCUUAAGAGGGAUUUCCGUCUAGUUGUAAGAGGUGCUGCUCGUAACAUGGUCCCCAUUCUAAACGGGUCUGACAAUGAGGUACUCAUAAUCAAAAGUCUGACACAUAGAGAAAUCAAUGCAGUUAUAAAGACUAUACCCAAUCCAGUCUAUCUCUUCCAAGGAAUUGUACUACGUCGAGGUGCCAAAGGAACUGGAAUGAAAUCUAUUGAGUUAGCACUCUCCAUGUGUGAUAUUAUUGAUAUAUAUGGCUUCACUGUUGAUCCAGGAUACACUGAAUGGACAAGAUACUUCUCUCAGCCUAGGAAGGGACACAACCCACUUCAAGGAAGAGCAUACUACCAACUCCUAGAAUGUCUUGGGGUAAUUAGAAUUCACUCUCCCAUGAGGUCUAAGAGGAUGGAAGACUGGUCAGAUAUACCUAGUAGACAAAUGAUAAGCCAAGCACAUGCAGCAGCUUUGCGCUUAAAAAGGAGUCAAGCUGGUCAGGGUGGUGACUUAGGGCAGUUUGGCAAUUGUAAGGUGUGGGGCAAUGUCAAUCCAGACAAAAGUGGACCUGUCUCGGGAUCACCAGACAUGAGUGAUGUCAGGAGAUAUUCAAAUUAUAGUAAAUGGGAAGUCAUGCCUUUUGAGAGUUUGAGGAAAGAAGCACGGGAUCAUUAUAACCAGAUGCAAGGGGUCUCUGUAUAUAAAAUGGAUGGCAAUAAGUUGGAUGAUCUAGUCUGUGUGAGACAUUCCUUAAAAUCCGAGGUGUAAAUGGGUGCCUUUGCUGUCUAUAUUGUUUUUCUCUGAUCACACCCUACUGUAUUCUAAAUGGAAUCUGGGAUGAAGAUACUUUCCGAGGGCUUCAUGGCUCCUCAUCCAUCGUUCUGUCUCAUCACUUAUUGCAGAGCACAACACGAAUCUCAACUCCAAGGAAAAUGAGGUAGUCAAUAUGCGUAAUUUCAUCGAUCCAUAUGAUUCAUAUUUUAAAGUGAUUCAUGGUAAGGGGUCUAGAAAUCUUAAUACAGGAAUUCUGACCAGAGAUUUGUUGUACCAUUUUUUUCAGGUUUACAAUGGAUAGUGCUUAGUCCAUAGUAUAAUAGAUAUCUGUCUUUUAUUUAUAUUGUACUAAUUAGCCGAAGGAGUAUCUGCAGAAAGUCGUAGCUGUUUUGUGAAGUGAUUUUUCACAUGAAUUUCAAUGGUAUUUUUAGUCGCUAAUCUUUUUCUCCUUUA